AUGAUUCCGGCUAUAAAAUGGUGUAUACUGGAAAGCCAAACCAAAUAACUAUAGCCAUGUUUGCAGUUUAUAUGGACAUUCCACUGCUUUCUUGCUAUCCUCUUCUCCUUCCUACAGUUGCUUCACUCAUGUUAUUCUUCCACCUAUGGAGAAGGGAUAGUAGGGCAAGAAUUUCUCUUCCUCCCGGACCUCCUGCUUGGCCUAUUGUCGGAAACAUCUUUCAGCUGGGGAAAAGGCCGCAUGAGUCUCUGUACGCCCUGUCUCUGAAAUACGGCCCAAUCAUGACUCUCCAUCUGGGCAUGAAAACGACUGUGGUGGUCUCCUCUCCUGCAAUGGCCAAAGAGGUCCUCAAAACGCACGACAAUGUCCUCGCCGGACGGAUGGUGAUAGAAGCAGUCAAGUCCAUUUCCCAUCACAAGUCCUCACUAAUUUGGGGGGAAUAUGGGCCUUACUGGCGCCAUCUCCGACGCAUUUUAACAGUCGAGCUUUUCAGCCACAAAAGACUAGAAGCUCUGCAACACCUCAGAAGAGAUCAAGUCUUUCACACGAUUCGACUCAUUUUCGAGGACAAGGGAAAGGUUGUGGAUAUCGGGAGGACAGUUUUCUGCACGUCUUUGAAUUUGUUAGGGAAGAUGAUCUUCAGCACGAGUGUUUUCGAUCCACACAAUCCAGCUUCUGCGGGGUUCAAGGAUACCAUUGGGAAAAUGGUGGAGCUCUCCGGAACGCUCAAUUUGGUGGAUUUUUUUCCGUUUCUCCGGUUCCUCGACCCCCAAGGUGUGUCCCGUGAAAUGGCCAAGGAUUUGAAGGCAUUAUAUGAGUUUACCGAUGUAUUCAUUCAGAAGAGGCUUGCCGCCAGAAGGGAAAGCGUUGAGCGUAAGGACUCCGAGCAGGAUUUUCUGGAUGUUCUGCUGGAUUGCACUAGUGAAGAUUUCAGUCUCGUUGGUGCUCGAAACUUGAUAGUUGAAUUGUUUAUUGCAGGUAUUGAGACGAGCACUAUAACAAUCGAAUGGGCCAUGGCAGAAAUCAUUCGCAGUCCAGAGAAAUUAAGGAGAGUGCGACAAGAACUGGAUGAAGUGAUUGGCAGCAACCGAAAAGUGGAAGAAUCUGACAUAAAUUGUCUGCCUUAUCUCCAUGCAGCCGUGAAAGAGAUAUUCCGAUUGCAUCCGUCGGGUCCUCUGCUGGUGCCCCACAAAGCCGAAAGCUCCUGUCAGAUCGGGGGAUUUGUGAUACCCAAAGACAGCCAGGUGAUUGUGAACGCGUGGGCCAUUGGGAGGGAUCCUUCUGUUUGGGACAAUCCAUCGGAAUUUAUGCCUGAGAGAUUUUUGGAGCUCCCGAAUAGCAAGAUAGAAUACGGAGGGCAGAACUUUGAGCUAAUCCCAUUCAGUGCGGGGAGAAGAAUUUGUCCUGGGCUUCCAUUGGCAAGCCGGAUGAUUCAUUUCAUUUUAGCUUCUUUACUUCAUUCAUUUGAAUGGGUACUUCCUGAUGGGAUGAAGUGUGAAGAGAUGGACAUGAGCGAUGAGUGUGGACUUUCUUUAAAGAAAGCUGCACAGUUGAAUGCAAUCCCCAUACCACGUCUGCCAGAUCAUAUAUACUAGUGCUUGGCACUGGUUAUCAUAUAAGUCUGUGUUUGAUUAUAUUUUCUUUCUAUGCGUUAAGGGCACAUCAUUACUUCUCUCUGUAAGGGAGCAUGUUAUAGUAUUUAUGUUUUUAACUAGUUUGAUAUUAAAUUGCAAAGAAAUAAGCUUAAGCUUUUGUAGUCUAUGAUGUCAGCAAUCUGUAUAUGGGUUUACAGAUGGGUUGGAGCAAUAUCAGACUAUUUUGUAUUUCUUGUGGGAGACACCUAACUGCAUUACAAAAGAGGUCUGUAUAUCCUCCUCUCUUGUGAGAUUUGAAAUUAUGAACUUAUUAAUACUAAAUAUUAUUAUUGAAA